UGAAAUCGAGAAUUCAUGAAGUUGAAAUGUCCCUACAGGUUUCUCAUUGGUUUCCGUGUGUUCUUAUUAUUUUGGUUCCAAUUUGUGUACUUGUCGUUACUGUUGUUGUUGUUGUUGUUGUUGUGUAUAUAUCAUGGUUAGCCUUAGAAUCUAUUUUACCUAUAAGGCAUGCAUUCUGUUGAGCAAUUUUGAAAUAUUUUUGCCCGAUUCAUUUUUUAAAACAAACCUUAAUUGACAUCUCGUUAAUGUACAUAAUGGCUACCUUGGCGAUGUCAUUCAUUGUGUGAGGAGGUCAUAAUAUUUAAGAAUGUAAUUCAACGGGAAGUCAAUAUUGUUUUUAAUGUAAUGACCGAUUGUCAAAAGUGGGUGUCAAACUACUUCGUUACAACCGUUUUUCAGGUUUUAUUCACGGUUAUAUAUCAAUGCUUCAAGAUAGAAAAGUUUGUGAAAAUUCUGGGGAUGUAAACCAAACCAAAUACUUGGUUGUUAUGCAUUUAAUGAAUUAUAAACACACGAAACAUACGAUUGUUUUUUGAUUGGACGAUUCACCUAUGAUCAAUAACAAGGGCAUGUUUCAUGCAUUUGAUGCUAACCAGCCUUACUCGUAAAUAUAGCGCACAUGAAUCAUACCAUAGAGACGGGAUUGUUCUGCGCUUUCAGAUACGGUCGUUGUUUGAUUUCAUUUUAUAUAGCUGUGGCAAAUAACAAAAAUAUUUUACUUUUAAUACGAUGGCUUUGACUGCUGGAAUUAUAAUAAUUAACGCUGUCUUAUUCGGAACAGUUUACUCAAACAAAUGCAAUUCAUUUGAAAUAAGCAAGGACAAUCUUAAUAAAGCUUUGAUCGGUCAUUCCGUGUUAGAAGUUAAUGAUAAAAACCAUCACGAUUGUGCGCGAACCUGUAUGUCAAUGUCCGUCUGUAAAUCGUUCGACUUUGACAGAAACGAGCACGUGUGUAAAUUAAACGAUGUUGACCAGUCGUCCGUUGAUCCGUCGGAGUUUGAAACAAAGCGAGGCUCUAUAUUCUCUGAUAUCAGCGAAUGGCCUAGCAGAAUGGUUGGAAGUUGUGGCUCAAGGCCGUGUAAAGCGAACCAAAGGUGUUACCAAAAUGGUGCUUCACAUGUGUGCAAAGACAUAAGUACAUCAUGUGCUUCGGAUCUGAAAAUUGAAAAUGGUAAAGUACAGAUUCGUACGCCUAGUGAAAACAAGUUCCUCGAUGUAGCUCUAGUUACAUGUGACAAAGGAUAUGUUCCUAGUCAACAAGAGGUGAAAUGUGAGGCAUCAGGAAAAUGGCAGCCUGCAACGUGUAAAUCACCAAGUGAUUGUAAAGAAGUCAUUGAUAAGAUUCCUGAGGCGAGAAGUGGACAAUAUGAAAUAAAACUCUGGACAUCUGGGAAGAUUUUGACUGUGAAUUGUGACAUGGAAACAGAUGGCGGUGGCUGGACGAUAUUUCAUAGGCGAUUGGACGGGUCAGUGGAAUUUUAUCGAACCUUCACAGAGUAUGAGAAUGGCUUUGGGAACGUUGAUGGAGAGUUGUGGCUAGGUUUAAAGUAUCUACAAGAACUAGCUGAACAAGGUUCUACAGAUAUUCGUCUUGAUAUGACAAGAAAUGAUAGUUCAACAGGACAUGAAACUUGUCCAGACUUCAUGUUAACAGAAGGGACAAAUUAUACCCUAACCAUUGGGUCAUGCACACGUUCUGGAAUGAAAUAUAAAAACUCCCUUGCCUAUAAUAAUCGAAUGCAAUUUUCAACUUACGACCGUGAUCUUGACAUUGACAUAAAAGAUAGAGACUGCGCCGAGUUUUACCAUGGAGCCUGGUGGUAUCAUGGAUGUACUUAUGUCAAUCUAAAUGGAUACUAUGCGUCGCCAGGCACAGAAUGUAAUUUUUCCGGUGCCGCUAGAGGUUGGUGUGGACACAUCCAUUAUGGGGUUGAUGGCCUUUAUUCAUUGAGAACAUCAUCAAUGAUGAUAAGAAGAAAAUAAGAUAAGUAAUCAAAAGAAGAUUUCAUAAAUUCAAAGAAUGGAAUGGUCGUACUCAAAAGAACAUUUUUUUAAUUAUCAGGUUUUUUUGUAUCAGGCAUGGUUUAAUAAAAGUUUUAUCUCUGAUUGACGUAUGCUGUAGAUCAUUUACAUUUUCAGCUAUUUUCAGUUAACAGAUUGGUGACUAAGCAUCACAGAUAGCAUAUAACCACGUGGCAGCAUAUUAUCAUGUGACAGCAUAUUAUCACGUUUCAACAUUAAAUCACGUCACCGAAUAUAACUAUGUUACAUCAUAAAAUAACGUGACAUCAUAUAAUCACGUCACCGAAUAUAACUAUGUUACAUCAUAAAAUAACAGGACAUCAUAUAAUCAGUAUAGUAUCCUUAUGAGACAAAAUUUAAUCCUUUUUCAGCAGGUAAUCACGUUACAAAACGAAAUGACAAAAAAUCAAACAUUUCUUUUUUUUUGUAAAUCAAACAUUUUGUGUUUGUUUAAAUGUAUUUUUUAUUCUGUUAGAAUUUUUUAAUUUUUUAAACUAUUUUUAAUGAAAAGCUGGAGGCAUUGUCAUAUUUUAUAUUCAACACAUGGUUUUUUGUGUUUUCUACAAAUAAAAAUGUAUAACAAUUGUAUAUCAUAAGAAUAAAUAGAGCUAUUGUAGUCACCUGAGCGUUUGGGUCGGCGUAACCACUUCUGUUAAAGCUUUAAUACUUCAAAUAUUUUCAAAGUCCAUUGACAUAUGGCUUUGAAACUUUGCACACUUGUUAACCAUCAUAACCCAACCUGUAGACAGGAGGAGGUAACUGUAUCAAGCAUUUUGACAGAAUUAUUCCCCUUUAUCAACUUAGAAUUUACAUUUAAGUUUGCGUAUCACCUCAGAUAUUUUCAUUUUCAUUGACAUCUUGCUUUGAAAAAUGUUGAAAUUUUAUACACUUCUUUGUGAGCAUAAUAGGACUCUCUCCAAGGUCUGUAACAUGGAUUUUAAAAAAUAGCCAUUUUGUGAGCUUAAAAAACUUUUAAUUAUCAACACUCUUUUGCUAUCAAGCACUUAGAAUUGUCGAGCGUUGCUGUCCUACCCACAGCUCCUGUUUAUAUGUUUCUACAUCAAAUGUGCUGACAAAUAAAUACUUUCAUGUUGAAUAAUUGUAUUAUGUAUGUUUUUUCAUCAAAUGUGCUGACAAAUAUAUACUUUCAUGUUGAAUAAUUGUAUUAUGUAUGGUUCUACAUUAAAUGUGCUGACAAAUAUAUACUUUCAUGUUGAAUAAUAGUAUUUUGUAUGGUUCUACAUCAAGUGUGCUGACAAAUAUAUACUUUUAUGUUGAAUAAUUGUAUUAUGUAUGGUUCUACAUCAAAUGUGCUGACAAAUAUAUACUUUCAUGUUGAAAAAUUGUAUUAUGUAUGGUUCUACAUCAAAUAUGCUGGCAAAUAUAUACUUUCAUGUUGAAUAAUUGUAUUAUGUAUGGUUCUACAUUAAAUGUGCUGACAAAUAUAUACUUUUAUGUUGAAUAAUAGUAUUUUGUAUGGUUCUACAUCAAGUGUGCUGACAAAUAUAUACUUUCAUGUUGAAUAAUUGUAUUAUGUUUGGUUCUACAUCAAAUGUGCUGACAAAUAUAUACUUUCAUGUUGAAAAAUUGUAUUAUGUAUGGUUCUACAUCAAAUGUGCUGGCAAAUAUAUACUUUCAUGUUGAAUAAUUGUAUUAUGUAUGGUUCUACAUUAAAUGUGCUGACAAAUAUAUACUUUUAUGUUGAAUAAUUGUAUUAUGUAUGGUUCUACAUCAAAUGUGCUGACAAAUAUAUACUUUCAUGUUGAAUAAUUGUAUUAUGUAUGGUUCUACAUCAAAUGUGCUGACAAAUAUAUACUUUCAUGUUGAAUAAUUGUAUUAUGUAUGGUUCUACAUCAAAUGUGCUGGCAAAUAUAAACUUUCAUCGUUCAUCAUGUAUAGUUAUUGUGUAAACUGUAAAACAAUUGUCACUAUAUUUUAUGCUUCUGUGUUAAAUACCUAGACAAAUACAUACUUUCAUGUUGAAUAAUUGUUGUGUGAAAACUGUAAAACAAUUGUAUAUUAUAUGCUUCUGGAUUACAUGCAUAGAAAAAUAUAUACUUUUAUAGUAUAUGGUUAGUAUGUGUACCUUCUAAAACAAUUGUGUUUUGUAUGGUUCUAUAUGAAAUGUAUUGACAAAUAUAUACUUUCGUCGUUCAUGGUGUACAAGUAUUGUGUGAAAACUGUAAAUCUAUUGUAUAUUGUAUGCUUCUUCAUUAAACAUCUAGAAAAAAUAUACUGUUGGUGUCUGUAUAUGAUUGCUGUGUGGGGACUUAUAUCGAUUAUCUAUGACUUCUAGAAAAUAAAACUGUUGAAAACGUGUUAUCUGU